UUCUCGACUGAAGAUCGUUGCUUCGUUCAAUGGUAAAAAGACCGCAAGGAGAAAAUUCGGGGGCGCCGACAUUUUACUGCCUCCAUCUCGGCGACGCUUUGUCCAACUUAGUGCGUUUCAUUCCGGUUCUUCUGAAACGGAAGUGAAUGCAAGUGAAUGAAAGUUUUUGCGAUCGAAGUUUGCUUAACACGUCGAUCUGGUUCAACUUAGUUUUGUCACAUGUGCCAAACAGAUUGAGAACUUGACAGCGAUCAAGUUUUUGUCGCGAAUCGAGAAAACGAGAAAAUCAAGAUCACUUUACGCGGCUCAACCAGGUCUUCGACAAGACUAUUGACGCUGUAUCCACUACAGCCACACUUUUCCUUUCUCUCUGUCUUGAUCAUCGAUAACUCGUAACCAUGAGUUAUGGUUACAAUAAGUACAGUUCCAGCAUGAGUUCUCGUGGUCGUGGAUUUGGUUCUCGUGGAAGUAGCUCUUACAGAGGGCGAGGUGGUGGAGGUAAUGACUGGAGCAGCAGUUCACCAGGAGGAAAUAUGUCUAGUAGAGGAAGUUAUUCGUCUUCUAGAGGUGGCAGAUUUAAAUAUUCAACAACUAGCUAUGACUCCAGAUCCAAGUACAAUUCUGGAGGAUCAGAAAGAUAUUCAAGCAGAGGCGGUCGUGGAGAGCAUUCUAACAGUUACAAAAGACCUCGUGACUCUUAUUCUGCAAGAGAUGAUCAUCGAUCCUCUAGCGAGUCACGCAAAAGGAUGAGAAGUGAUUCCUAUCAGGGUGGAGGUAGCGGUAGCGGUUCACAAAGGUAUUCGUCGUACGGAGGAUCAUCCGCAUCAACAACCUAUGACGAUAAUAAGGGAUCAUCGUCGUCCGGCGUGUACGAGGACAAGAGACAGAGCGAACGCGCAUCGUCCUAUCAUCGUUCCGAGGAUCGUCAUUCUGCCUCACGCAGCUACGCACCUCCGCCGCCCCCACGGAUUAGCGAAAUGGCGCCACCCCCGACUCAGAGAUACGCUUCGAGUCGCGGCAGAAUAUCGCAUCAAAACUCAAAUUACCGAGGUCGCAUUUCGACCCGCGGCAGCAGUGGCAGAGGGGGUGCGUUUCAUCGCGUGAGUUCUAGAUCGGACGUCGUUCUGGCUCGCAAGCGUUCUCUUCACUCGCUCGACUAUCGUCGAAAGAUGCUAGGCUCACGCUCACGAGACAGCUACAUCCAACGUAUGCGCUUGAACACUUCCAAACUGCGCAGGAGUAGCGGUACUACUAGGCUAGCCGGAAGUAAAAAGGACUCCGGAUCGGGAACCAGCGUGAAGGACAAGGAUAGAGAAAUGGCCAAGGCCAUAAAUGCGGAGUUUUCUGACGAUGAUGAGGAAGAAGAUGAUAAUAAAAGCACAUGGGACGAAGAAGAGAAGCCACACGAACGGGAUGAAGAAGAAGAAGAAAUGGAAGAUGAUGAAGAUAAGAAGAAAAAGGAGGAUAAACGGAAAAAGGAAAAACAGGAUAGAGAACGACAACAUACCGAAGACGAAGAAGAAAAAGAUGAUGAUAUCAAAGAAGAAGAGGAAGGUCAGAAACGAGAGGAAGACGAUGCUGAUGAGGAACGAGGCAAGAGUGAAAAGACGGAUCGUGAUAGAAAAGCGAGUUCCGAAGAAUUGCCGAGCAGGCGGGACGGUAGAAAAUUUAUAAAAUUGAAGUGUCCACAUUGCGCCCAUCAUAGCGUGACCUUCAAAGAAUACUCGCUUCAUCUAUUCUCUGGCCGUCACAGCGCGGCGAUGAAACGUAUCGCGGCUCGGCACAAGGCGACUCUCACACGCAUGAGAGUCGUCCAACGGCAGGAACAGAGACGCAUCGAGGCUCGGGAUGCAGCACGUGGUACAUUGCCCUCGCGUACUAUGUUCUGUGCCAUUUGCAAGUUGAAUUAUCGUUCUCUGAAAGCCGCUCAUCAAUUGUCCGAAUCGCAUCGUCAAAUGAAACGAUUUCUCACGCCGUUCUGUCGGGUUUGUCGCAUUCAAUUCCGCUCCCCGAUGUUUUUCGAAACACACAUGUGUUCCCUGGAUCAUAUUAAGAGAAAGAGUGUGCUGAGAGAUAGAAUAAACGGGGAUGGAAGCGGUGAACAGGAAGCGGAUUCGAGUGCGCCCGAAGAAGACGAGAAAGAAAUGAAUCUUGACAAUUUUAUGAUAACUUUGGAUUCUGUGGGCGAUGUUGACGGAGAUGAGGAAUCUAACGAUAAAAAGAAAGAAAAGUCAGAAGGUGAGAGUCCGAGUGAGACAGAGAAAAAGACGAAAAGCAAGCAGAUGAUAAAAGUUGGAGCGGAAUAUAUAAAACGCGUUGAAGUGCAAUAUUGUGAACUAUGCAAGGUCUAUCUGCCGCGUACCGAGAAUUCUGAAAGAGCUGUCGCUCUACAUUGUUCUACUCGUAGUCAUCUCAAACGGUACGUAUUGAUACAACGAUACGUUCGAGACAACGAUGACAAGGCGCUUAGACGUCAAGCCGAGAGAAUACAUCUGCAAUCAUCGUCGUCUUCUUCGGCAAACGUGAAUUCUACCAGUUCGGCCGUUAACACGCCAGAAGUUACCAAAACUUCUCCUGUGAAUUCCGAGCCGCAAGUGUCGACAAGCACCGCGCCAGCGACGGCUACGGUUGACAAUAACAGUACCAACGAUGUGGAAUAUAUUAAAAUCGAUGAUGACAAGUCGAACAGCAUGGAGUCCGAAAAGAACGCGAAAGAGAACAAGAAUAAUCAAGGCGACGAAGACGACGAUGACGAUUACCGUGCUCACGGCGUUGACAAAUUGAAUUGGGACGACGUCGAUAAAGAUUUGGGUGACAUACUGAGAGAGAGCGAAGCGGGCGCGUCGAAAUCAAGCGACGACGAGGACUCACGCUACGAUCGUUUCCGCAAUUCAGACAAAAAACAGCAGUCCGCAAAAGAAAAAGAGAACACGAAGAAUGAGAGUGACGACAAGAAUGGUAAUAGUAAAUCUAAAGAUGCGAGAAUCACGAUCGAGAAGAUGGAUCUAUAAGAUCCGCUGUAACUUUUGAUGAUCGAUGUUUACUUUGUUCGAUCUAUUUUCUGUCAUACUACUUCAAAACUAUCACAAAAUUUAUCAUAUUUCAAUGGUUUCAUCAUUUUGCAAACCAAGCGUAUACAUAAUAGAUAUACAUUAAUCAUUAGUUAAUGAUUACACAUCCGCUUGGUUCCACGAAGACAAUUUCUACGUAAUUAUAUAUUUUUCACCGUAUGAAUAAGCUUCGUUUGCAAGUUGCUACAAUUAAUGUGUCAAUUACAUGAGCAUUUAGCGUUAUCAAAUUUUGCAACUUCUUGAUUUGUAUAUUGAUUCAAAUAUAUAUAUAAUAUAUAUAUAUAUUAUAUAUAUACAUACAUUCAUACACAAGUACUGCGCUAUAUAUACAAUUGUUUUGCAAGAAUUUUGUGUGAGAUUGUCGUAAAAAAUCGUAAAUAAUUAUAAUUCAUUCUAUACAUAUAUAUACUAUCUGAAAAAUUUGACUACACGAGAUUCACAAUCUUUAGUUGUUAGCAACGUAACGAAAGGCACAUGAGCGAUGCGCCUUGUGAGAGAACAAAAAUAUAAAUUUAAUGUAUGGACUAUUGUAUGUAGGUUAUAAUAAAUUUACCAUUCUGUAGAGAAGUAACAACUCAGAAGUAUAAUAACUCGCGCUUAUCACACACACACACACACACACAGACGCCUUCCUGAAUUGAAUAGAAUCUUGAUUUUAUUAUACACAAAACUACAAAAAAAUGUUGAUUCAUUCUCAUAUUGAAUGUGCACUUUUGAACAGCGACUCGGAGCUACAACUGGACGAGGAAACGGUAUUCCGAAGAGAAAAAAAGAAAAAAGAAAAACAAUUAUUCAACUUGAUAUUGCAGAUG